AUGGGCCACAGGCAUGAGGCCAGCAGGGCCACAGGCACGAGGCCAGCGGGGCCACAGGCACGAGGCCAGCAGGGCCACAGACACGAGGCCAGCAGGGCCACGGGCACGAGGCCAGCAGGGCGACAGGCACGCGGCCAGCAGGGCCACAGGCACGAGGCCAGCAGGGCCACAGGCACAAGGCCAGCAGGGCCACAGGCACGAGGCCAGCAGGGCCACAGGCACGAGACCAGCAGGGCCACAGGCACAAGGCCAGCAGGGCCACAGGCACGCGGCCAGCAGGGCCACAGGCACAAGGCCAGCAGGGCCACAGGCACGAGGCCAGCAGGGCCACAGGCACAAGGCCAGCAGGGCCACAGGCACGAGGCCAGCAGGGCCACAGGCACAAGGCCAGCAGGGCCACGGGGACGAGGCCAGCAGGGCCACGGGCACGAGGCCAGCAGGGCCACAGGCACGAGGCCAGCAGGGCCACAGGCACGAGGCCAGCAGGGCCACAGGCACGAGGCCAGCAGGGCCACAGGCACGAGGCCAGCAGGGCCACGGGUACGAGGCCAGCAGGGCCACAGGCACGAGGCCAGCAGGGCCACAGGCACGAGGCCAGCAGGGCCACAGGCACGAGGCCAGCAGUUUUAG